CACUGGUCAUCUCCUGUAGUAUGUCCGCAGUCACUGUCAUCUCCUGUAGUAUGUCCGCAGUCUCUGGUCUUCUCCUGUACUAUGUCCGCAAUCUCUGGUCAUCUCCUGUAGUAUGUCCACAGUCACUGGUCAUCUCCUGUAGUAUGUCCGCAGUCACUGGUCAUCUACUGUACUAUGUCCACAGUCUCUGGUCACCUCCUGUAUAUGUCUGCAGUCUCUGGUCUUCUCCUGUACUAUGUCCGCAGUCUCUGGUCAUCUCUUGUAUAUGUCCGCAGUCUCUGGUCAUCUCCUUUAGUAUGUCCGCAGUCUCUGGUCAUCUCCUGUACUAUGUCCGCAGUCUUUGGUCAUCACCUGUAGUAUGUCCACAGUCUCUGGUAAUCUCCUGAACUUUGUCCGCAGUCUCUGGUCAUCUCCUGUACUAUGUCCGCAGUCUCUGGUCUUCUCCUGUACUAUGUCCGCAGUCACUGGUCAUCUCCUGCAGUAUGUCCGCAGUCACUGGUCAUCUACUGUACUAUGUCCACAGUCUCUGGUCACCUCCUGUAGUAUGUCCGCAGUCUCUGGUCAUCUCCUGUAGUAUGUCCGCAGUCUCUGGUCAUCUCCUGUAGUAUGUCCGCAGUCUCUGGUCAUCUCCUGUAGUAUGUCCGCAUCACUGGUCAUCUCCUGUAGUAUGUCCGCAGUCUCUGGUCAUCUCCUGUAGUAUGUCCACAGUCACUGGU